AGCGCCCUUCUGCCGACAUAUAUACUGAUCCACCUUCAUUUUAUGAUAGAUGGCAGAAGUUUGAUGCUGAUAAGUGCACUUGUUUCUGUUGGACCACUGAUUGAAGAGGCCCUACUGGGAGCAUAACAUUUGCAUUGACACAAACUAAUCUCCGUGUGCAGCAUUCUGAUCAGUGGCUUAUCAACUGACCUGUAAUAAGGUACUUUGUGUAUUAUCAUACAUCUAAUUCAGUGGUAAUUCUCCUUGUUUUCUGCUAAACCAUUCUAUUUAUAUAUAGCCAGUGAUUGAACCAGCUUUCUUUCAACGAGCAAGCACUUCGCCUUUUCAUUCUUUCUCCAAUUUUUGCAGGUGUAGCAGCGUGAUCUGAGGCUUUCCAUUGGUGAUUGUCUGAUAACUUCUGCUAUUCGUUAUAUAAAUUGGUUUAUCAGUUACUUUUCAUCUCCCUUGGGCUCAGUCUGCUGCAUGUUAAAGUAGUGAUGGGUUGAUCAUAUGAGCAAACUUUUUUGGUUGAAUCAUUUGUGCAUUCAUUGCCAGCCCACAACUUUUUUGGUGAAUCUCCCUCACGUCUUCAUCUGAUGGCAACCAUACUACAUUCUUUGGUUGGAUCAUGUGCCAAGAUGUUGCAAGAUCUCAUUACAGAGGAGGCCACACUAAUUUUAGGUGUGAAAGAAGAGCUCAUGGAACUGAAACGAAGAAUGGACCAAAUCCGACACUUUCUUAAUGAUGCAGAGCGAAGGAGCGUAGAAGAAUCAGCUGUUAACAAUUGGCUUGGUCAACUAAGAGAUGCUAUGUAUGACGCCGAUAUUAUUAUUGACUUGGCUAGAUUGAAAGCACGCAAGCUAUUGCCGGAUGAUUCUUCGCCAUCAUCAAGCAAAUCAAGUACAUGUAGUGGCCUUUCCCUUUCCUCUUGCCUUUCUAAUUUCCGAACACGUCAUGAGGUUGCUGUCAAGAUUAGAAACCUGAACAAAAGAAUAGAGAAUAUUGCAAAGGACAGAGUAUUUUUAUCACUCACCAAUACACAACCUACUGAAAAAGUUUCAGCACCAAAACUGAGAAAAAGUUCCAACCUUGUUGAACCCAACCUUGUGGGUAAGGAGGUCAUAUAUGCUUGCAGGAAAGUAGUAGACUUGGUGCUUGCACACAAGGAAAAGAAGUUUUACAAGCUCGCUAUUGUUGGAACAGGAGGAGUCGGUAAGACGACACUAGCUCAGAAAAUCUACAACGACCAAAAGAUAAAAGGGAUAUUCAACAAACAUGCAUGGGUUUGUGUUUCCAAAGACUAUUCUGAAGUUGCUCUCUUAAAGGACGUUCUUCGAUGUAUUGGAGUACACCAAGAGCAAGGCGAAUCAGUUGGAGAACUCCAAAGCAAUCUAGCAUCGGCCAUUAAAGAUAAGAGUAUUUUCCUUGUGUUGGAUGAUAUCUGGCAGUCUGACACAUGGACAAAUCUACUGAGUACUCCAUUGCACGCUGCAGCCACAGGGAUAAUUCUAGUAACUACUCGACAUGACACAGUUGCUGCAGAAAUUGGGGUGGAUGAUACACAUCGAGUUGAUUUACUGUCAGUGGAUGUAGGAUGGGAGUUACUUUGGAAGAGCAUGAACAUCAACGAAGAGAAAGGAGUGCAAAAUCUGCGGGACAUAGGGAUUGAGAUUGUUCAAAAAUGUGGUGGUCUUCCUCUUGCAAUCAAGCUUAUCGCCAGAGUUUUAGCAAGCAAAGAUCAAACGGAGAAUGAAUGGAAAAAGAUUUUAAGAAAAGAUGCAUGGUCCAUGAGCAACAUUCCAAGUGAAAUAAGAGGUGCUUUAUAUCUAAGCUAUGAAGAGUUACCACACCAUUUAAAACAGUGUUUCAUCUAUUGUGCUACAUAUCCUGAAGAUGCAGUUAUUUUUCGUGAAGAUAUUAUCAGGUUUUGGGUGGCUGAAGGAUUUAUAGAUGAGCAAGAAAGCCAACUACUAGAAGAUACAGCAGAAGAAUACUACAAUGAGUUGAUCUAUCGGAAUCUCCUCCAACCAAAUUAUAGAUAUGCUAACUAUAGUCGAUGCAGAGUGCAUGAUCUAUUAUGGCAGCUUGCUCGUUAUUUGUCUAGAGAAGAAUGUUUUGUCGGAGAUCCAGAAUCACUAGGGUCUAAUAUUAUAAGUAAAUUUCGACGUAUUUCAGUUGUCACUGUGAAGGAUAUGCAGAUGCUACCUAGCAUGGAUAAUGAGCAAUAUAAAGUGAGAACUUGGCAUACUUCAUAUGACAAGUCUCUGAGAGUUGAUAAUACAAUAUUUAGAAGAUUUCCAUACAUUCGAGUUUUGGAUUUGACUAGCACGCUUGUACAAAGUGUUCCAUCUUGUAUUGGAAGUUUGAUCCAUCUACGAUUACUGGAUCUUGAUGGCACUGACAUAUCUUGUCUUCCGGAAUCCAUCGGUUCUCUCAUAAACCUUCAGAUAUUGAAUUUGGAUCGUUGUGAUGCUUUGCAUAUUCUUCCUUCAGGGAUCACUCGAUUAUGCAACUUAAGACGCCUUGGUCUUCGUGGGACACCAAUAGAUCAGGUUCCAAAAGGGAUAUGCGGGUUGAAGUUUCUCAAUGAUUUAGGAGGAUUUCCGAUUGGUGGUAGCAGUGAUAAUAGUACUAAAAUGCAAGAAGGAUGGAACCUGGAAGAGUUGGGUCCUCUUUUGCAACUGAGGAGUCUUGAUAUGAUUAAAUUGGAAAAAGCAACCCCUUGUACUGCAGAUUCACUGCUAAUAGACAAAAGAUAUCUCAGAGUAUUAAAUCUAUGGUGCACAGAAUGUACAGAUGAGCCAUAUUCUGAAGAGGAUGUAAUCAAUAUUGAGAGGACCUUUGAGCAGCUAAUACCUCCACACAACCUGGAAGAUCUAGGUAUUAUGAAUUUCUUUGGUCGCAGGUAUCCCACCUGGCUAGGUACUAAUACCCAUUUGUCUUCAGUAAUAUACUUGCAACUCAUAGACUGCAAAUCCUGUGUGCAUAUUCCUCCAAUCGGGCAGCUCCCCAACUUGAAAUUUCUGAGAAUCGAGGGAGCAACUGCAAUUACCAAAAUUGGACCCGAAUUUGUUGGCUGUGGAGUGGGUAAUCCCGGAUCUGUAGAGGAAGUGGCUUUCCCCAAGCUUGAAACAUUGGUCAUUGAGGAUAUGCCCAACUGGGAGGAGUGGACUUUUGUUGUUGUUGAAGAAGAAGAAGCAACAACGACAGCUGGUAAGGAAGGGGCAGAGGAUGGAACUGCUACGAAGCAAAGGUGGAAAGACCCACCACCGAGGAUGCAGUUGUUCCCUCAUUUGAACGAAUUGCAACUUGUGUGUUGCCCCAAGCUGAGAGCUCUCCCAUGGCAACUUGGACAGGAGGCCACCAGCUUGAAGGUGCUCUACUUGAGAGGUGUGGGCAGCCUUAAGGUGGUGGAGAGCCCCCCGUUCCUCCCAGAGAUCCUUGUAAUUGACGGAUGUGAAGGCCUGGAGAGGGUCUCGAAUCUUCCCCAAGUGCGAGAGCUGCGAUUAAACUAUUGUCCGAAUUUGAAGUGUGUUGAGCAGCUGAGUAGUUUGGAGCAGCUGUGGCUGGACGUGGAUAUGCAGGUGGUCUCCUCACUGUGGGUGCCUGGGCUUCGACAACAACGCCACCAACUCCAUGGAGAAGACCUGGACGUCUACACAUGGGAUUAAGGCUGAGAGACACCCUGGUUAUCAAUCCUAGGGACUCAUGCAGUUGUUAUUCUCUGUAUUAUUCUAUUACCCGCUCAUGACCUUUUUCUCCAUGUAUGCAAAAAUACAAAAAAAAAUCCAAAAAAAGAAAAAAUCAUAAAAAAAAAGGAAAAAUGAAAAGCCAAAAAAAGAGAGAACUUAAGCUUUAAUCCAUGUAUGUUCUACUUAGUUGAGUUUGUCAUUAAUAGUGUGUAAUAUCGUGUUUCUAGUUUCCUUUGGUGUCUAGUGUUUGUCCUUUUAUUUUGAUUUUUUUUAGGUAGGUAACUCCGCCUAUGUCAUCUUGGGUGUAAAACUUGAUGGUGUAGCUGGUCCCAAGCCCGGAAAAAGGAGGAGGGAACUAUCUUUUAUACAUGAAUAUGUUUAUUGAAAAUUACAAUGCUUUGUGCUACAUAUUGUCCACAUAUUUCAUGAAAGCUACUGGACUUUUGUUUUAGUUAGCUGUGAUUUUGUGAUGGGAUAACUAGACAAGGCACUUAAUUCACAAGAUCUGACCAAAAUACUUUUGGCCGGACACGUUCACAAUC